CAACCCUCAAACUUAUGUGCAACGGAAUCUUCUCCAAUCACUGCGACCACCUUAUUCUAGAAUUUUCCGAUGUUGCGGUCGGCAGUGGGAGUUUUAGCACAGUUCUAGAAUAUCGCGCAUCCUUUGUGGGAGGCCGACGCGACUGGGGGAGCUCAUUGGUUGUCUCUCAUACGGAGUUGGUCUCACUCGUAACAAACAAUGCUUCGUUGCAGCCAUGCCAUUCCUACGCCGUCGUGGCAACGUGGCCAGCGAUUCUGAUAUGAGGCGUCUUUCUGCCACUGCACGCAAUUCCGUCUCCCAAACACGCCCUUCGUCUGACGAUCCCUCUGACUCCAAUCCCGAUUCGGCGGCCUACCUGGCUGCCGACACCGCCGUACGGUACCCUGUUAUAGCACUACCAUCGCCGACUUCAACUUCGCUUGAACUCUCAACAUCUGCUGGCGAAGGACCUGCAAACUUGUAUACCACCGAUGAGUCGCGUUUGCGGCCUAAAACCCCACCAAUCCAGGACGAGAGUUCCAAGCAUCGGCGUUUUUCCAUCUUGAGGUUUCGCAAUGCGUCAGACUCUCAGCUAUCCCUCCGAGCGAGACAACAGGCCGGCAAUGUCCCACCUAUGCCCAAACCCCCCGAACUCAUGGAUACCGUCCCAAUAACUGAGGCCCUUCUUCCUCACAAGAAGAACUCUCGCCUGCGGCUGCCGGAUCGUUUUUGCAAUUCGAGACAUAGCCGAGAUGAUCCCCCUGGAGAUCUCAUCUUGAAAGAGACGCCCGGCGGACUGGAUCGGUCAGCCUUGAGAGUUCGGCCAACCCUUGUCACGUUUCACGAACCCGCGGCAGGGUCAUCCUUCAAGGCACCAGAUACCACCGGAGGAAACGAAGCUUCAAUGCCAUCGGUGAAUGCCUUUCGAAUCUCCGAGUCGUCUCGAUCCGAUGCUAGCUCGAACCAUACCAACUCAACGACACAGACAAAGCUACGAGUUCCACCUGCAUCGAGUUUCUCGUGGCUUGCGAGAAGGAAAGGCAAAGCACCUGCGCCACUAUUCGACUUGUCUCACCUCCCACAACAAGCGACAUUGCCCCAUUCCACGCAGUCCCAAGUGGGCUUUGGCGAACCACAGGCAUGUGCAUCUCAAGAAAAGACAUCCCCAGCACAAAAUACAUCAAGGCCCUCGGCUAGUCACGGCAUUGGAGCUGUAGCUGUUACGUCUGUCUCAGCUGCGGACCUGUCUAUGAAGAUGAACACCACCACACCGGCUACUGUGCUUUUAAGCCCAGAACCUACCACCUUAACACGGUCGACACCUAAACUAUCACGGCUACAGCUUCGUGGAAGAUCCUCAACCGUCAGCUCGCUCGGAAGAAACUCAAUGGAGGACUAUUUGACUCGUGAGACGACUAGGACUUCCUCCUCCACCGGCCGUAAGAGCUUGGGCGACGUGUUCGGUUUCAACCGAUUGCGACAGAAUGCCGAACCAGGCCAAACAAUGCGCCAUGGGACCCUGAGCCCAGGGACACCGAGUUCCAGCACAUCCAAGAACAACUCCAUCCAGAUCGCCAGGGAACCCAUCUCGCUCCCGGAUCGACGCGAAGACGAAUCCGCAGCUAAGUAUUUGGCUCGCAUCGAGCAGCGCCUCAGCCGUGGCGUUAUUGCUAGUGUUCUGUCUCGCGGCACAGAUCCUUUUUACUUGACGGUACUUCGCAGUUACAUGCGCCGAUUCAGCUUCUUUGGCGACCCCAUGGACAUGGCUAUCCGUAAGCUGCUCAUGGAAGCCGAACUUCCCAAAGAGACCCAGCAGAUCGACCGAUAUUUACAGGCUUUUGCCAAUCGGUAUCAUGAAUGUAACCCGGGAAUAUAUUCCAGCCCAGACCAAGCCUACUUUGUCGCAUUCUCACUCCUUAUUCUUCACACCGACGUUUUCAACAAAAACAACAAGCACAAGAUGCAACAAGGGGAUUACAUCAAAAACACACGAGGGGAGGGAGUGUAUGAGCCCAUUUUGAAGUGCUUCUACGACAACAUCACAUAUACGCCAUUCAUCCACGUCGAAGAGGAAGUGGAUUGGGGCAGCGACUGUCAGCGGACCAAAAGCAAGACGAGAUUCCCACGUGGUACGUCGGACCGGAUGCCGAGGAAGUCAUCCAAAGAGCCCUUGGACCCUUAUACGCUCAUUCUAGACAGCAAGCUGGAUACCCUGCGACCCAGUCUCCAGGACGUCAUGGAGCUGGAGGAUCACUACAACUACCUCGGGACGUCAAAGGACCUGAACGUUAGAGAACUGCAACGAACUUUCUUCAGAACAGGCGUGCUGCAGAUCGUUUCGGAACGGUCACGUCCGGAUGCAUUUCGCGAUGAAAAAAGCACCACGAAUCCAGAGACGGCCCCGCAAGGUGUCGUGGACAUCAAGAUCACCAAAGUUGGUAUUCUGUGGCGUAAAGACGCGAAGAAGAAAAAAACACGACCCAGAUGGCAGGAGUGGGGUGCCAUUCUCACGGGGGCCCAGCUCUAUCUUUUCCGCAACACGGCGUGGGUGAAGAACCUGAUGCAUCAAUAUGAAUCCCACGUCAAGCAAGGCUUUUAUGGAGAGCCUGUCAUCUUCAAACCGCAAAUUGCCGAGUUCAAGCCGGACGCCUUGAUGCCAACCAAGGACGCUGUUGCCCUCGUUGACCUUUCGUACAAGAAGCACAAGCAUGCGUUCAAGUAUGCGAGACCAGCUGCGUUUGUUGAGGAAAUACUGCUCGCCGAUAAUGAAGAAGAGAUGAAUGACUGGCUAGCAAAGCUCAACUAUGCGGCGGCUUUCAUGACGUCGAGUAUCCGUAUGCGAGGGGUGGUGGGAAGUCACUACGAGGGCCAGAGCCGGCGUGGGAUCCGACGACUUGGUAGUUCGAACACGGCCCAGGUUAUCCAGACGCCGACUGGAGAAGUCAGCAUAGUCCGCGGCAGAAUUGAUCAGCAUGAAGCAGAAUCGAUACUGGUGCAACGGCACCAGGCAAUGGCAAGAGCUGUAGAGCAAGCUGCUCGUGACAUCAGAGCCAAGGAAAAGGAACUCGAGGAGGAUCUUCGGAACGCGCGCCACUUGCAGAUCCUGUCGCCGGUUCAAGCUAGGUCGCGGGACGAACUUCUGCGGGAGGCUGCCCGUAUGGAUGUGAAGAUUAAGUGGAUACGGAUGGGUAUUUGGCGGAUCAAAUGUCACCGCGAUGUUCUGAGUCGCGAUCUUGAAGAAGAGGGCGUCACGUUGGAUGAUCUGUCGCCGACAAAGUCACUGAACGUGGGCCGAGAAGGAGAAUGCGCUGCCUCCCAGGGCCCGCCAGCGCAGCCUGGUACGACGCAUGAUCGCGUUCAGAACGAGUUUGCAGACUCCGUGAGCUUCGAGGAAUCGAGAACGGACCUUGGCCGGGCCGUACACAAGCAUGAGCAUUCCUGGGGCUCGUCUCUGUCAUCUGCAUCUCAGGGCGUGAAGCCCCGUUCUAAAUCUUGCUCUAGCACUGCCCUGUCAUCCACGGUACCAGACAUUCAAAGCAACGGAAAUGGCAGGAGCGGCUUGUCACAUACGCGAGAGGACUCGAACUCGAACCUCUUGGGGCCUAACACAGAGGCAUGCCAUACCGAGGUGGAUGCUCGCAAUCGAGACGUCCUAGAACAACCCGCAUUCAUAGAGUCACAAUUACCUUCGAGCCAUGUUCUAGGACCUGGGAGAAGCCGCGCCGGUUCCAUGUCAGAAGUGACAGAAGCUUCAGAUCAUUGGGACAUUUUGUCUCCCAGCGAGAAGCAAGACAGGACUAGAGUCAGGCGGAGUCUGCAACGGACUCUCAGGGAGAGCGCAGGGCAGUUGUCACAUCACCGGAGCCGGAAAGGCAAAGACUCGGUAUACACUGGCAUAUCCGAAGACACAAUGCGAGAUGAUGUUUUGAGUCGUGGGUCAGGAAGUUUCGUGGUGCACGGCAAAAAGGCCUCCGUCAUCGACUUGGGCGAUGGUCUUCAACAUCUUCCCACUGAGGAGCGUCUGAAGCAGCGGGCACAGCGAGACCUCACAAUCUCUCCAAACAAUGUAAGGGAAGACGACACUCACUAUAGCCCUGGAUGUCUGCCAGAUACGUCAAGACGUAGGGAGUCAGCCACGAGUACCAGCACAGCAACAGCGAGAAGCUUCCAGGAACUUCAUCGAAAGUACUCCUCCGCGCAGACAUCCAAAACAGUAUCUUCCAACCACCCACUCUCACCAUCAUCGGACACGGAGAGUGAGGCAGCUCUUAGCAUAGCGGAGGGCCAGCGGACGCCUUCAGCGACGUCCGAGAAUCGGGAUGGUCGCGAGAGGGAAUUACCGCUUUGUCUGACUACGACACUUUCGCCUCCGUCGAUCAGUUCCGCCGAUGAGAGAUGAUGUUGAUUAUAAAGUCGGAUAAGCGUGACGAGGGGCCUUGAACACAUCGUAUAAAGUUGCGAAGCAACUUCCCGACCUUGCCCAAAUGGCGAGAGAAGCAUAAGCGGUGCACUUGGAAACUUAUUUACUUGUUGUGUAAGACAUACUCGUUGGGGGUACGAUUGGGGGCUCAUGAUUCUACGGCGUCUGAUUUUAGUUCUGUAAGUGCUGGGUGAGGAGGAUGGCUUAUUCCCUGUUGCAGGACCGAUUAGCGAGGAGUCGAGACUUGAUACAAUAUAAGAAAAGUUCUAAUUUUUUUCCGUUAUUUCGCAUCAGUACAUCUUCAAGUUGUAUAUAGGAAUACUACCUAGUUAUCCCGAGUUUUUCAAGGAAUAUAUUAGAUGCCCUUAGCCACCG